AUGGGAGGUGCUGGCCAUCCUUCGGUCUCAGCUACUGGCGGACCCGACGUGGGACCGGCCAGGAAGCGCAAUGUCACCGUCGCCGGCUUAGAUAGUUCCCCCGGCAGUGUGGAUGUCGAUGACAUUGAGGAUAUCGAUAAUCGUGAGGAGAAGAAAAGACAGCCUGUAAAGCGUGCUUGCAAUGAGUGUCGGCAACAGAAGCUUCGUUGUGAUGUGAGCCAAGACCCGUGGAUGGACUGUUCCCGAUGCCGUCGCCUGAAGCUCGACUGUAAAAUAGAAUCCAACUUCAAACGGGUUGGCAAGCGAAGUCGAAAUGCGGAGAUGGAACGAGAGAUUGUCGCGUUGAGGAAGCAGAUUGCCCAUGCUCAGGCAAACGCUGCCGCAACGCUGCCGCCCCAACCGCCGUCGUCUCUUCCAACAACCCAGCAUACUCCUAAGCAGGAGCCCUCCACCCAAGUCAGCCCGGUCGCGAUGUACCAUACGCCCUCUGCUAUAUCCUCGGACCAGUAUAUGGGUUCUCACGAAGCCGUUGCGUCACUUUUGGAUCUACGCUCGGGCUUCGAUGGCUCGAACUACAUGCGGAACGGAAAUCACCACUUCAAACGGAUCGAGGAUGUUGCCGUGGUGCCGGAGAGAGUGACGGAGUUAUUUGAUCUGUUCUUCACCUUCCAUCACCCAUUCCUCCCCUUCCUUGACCGAGCACAGUCGCCGGAGGACUACUAUAAUGCCUGCCCGUUGCUUUUUUGGACCAUCAUCAGUGUUGGCGCACGUCGGUAUACGGCAGACACACACCUUCUCAAUUCUCUCGCAGGUCCUGUCUCACGAUUGGUAUGGAGCACGCUAGCGGAUAUUCCGCAAAGCUACCAUGUUGUGAAAGCUCUAUGCUUGCUUUGCACGUGGCCAUUCCCCACCAGCAGCACCUCCAACGAUCCCACCUUUAUGCUUUGUGGCAUGAUGAUGCAGGUUGCCAUGCAGCUAGGUCUACAUCGGCCCUCACAUACCCAAGAUUUCAGCAAGUUUCGGGUCGAAUUGAUUGAGGAGGAACUGCGAGAUAAAGUGAGAACAUGGGCUAUCUGCAACGUUGUUGCGCAGAGAGUUGCAACUGGAUAUGGACAGCCGCCAUCCACCUUGUAUGACUGGACUUUGUUGUCAAGCGACCUGAUCGAUCCAAACUUUAAAUUACCCGAGGGCAUUCAGCCUAGACUUGAGAUCGAGAAGUUCUGCGACAAAGUCACCAAAGCCUUGUACACUAAUCGGCGUGACCCUGUCGGCCUAUGCAGCGAUCAAGAAAGGUCGUCUCUCAUAUCAUUCCUGUCCCGCGAUUUUGACGAACUAGAAACUCAGCUUAAGCCGCAGAAUGACUGUAUCACCAAUCUCUAUCUUCGCGCUUCUAAUCUUCAUCUUCACCUCUCAGCCUUUUUCGAUGAUCCUACUGCCAAGAGUUACAGAGAGCGUCUACUUGCGCUGUACGUUGCCACCACAACAUUCUUGGAAGCUGCUAUGAACUUGGAGACAGAGGUCGGGCCCGUGCUCUCCUACACACCGUAUUACGUGUAUCAGAUGUUGGUUGCGGCAGGCUGCACCUUGCUUAAACUAUGUAAGAGCUUCUUCGCGGCUCACAUCGACAUGGAAUACACCAAGGCUCUUUUCAAUCGAACUGUUUGGGCUAUCCGUGGCGUGUCCGUCUCUAACAACGACCUUCCUGAGCGGCUGGCGGAAGUUUUGGCCCAGAUGUGGAGACUGGGGAACGCACCAACUCCCAAGCCGGCGGACAACCCUGAAAUGGAUGAUUCGUUAAUGUUGAAGGUGCGGUGCCGCAUGAGCAUGUCUCUGCUUUAUGAUUCCGUGUGGCGAUGGCGCGAGGACGCGCGGACCAAGGGCCGCAACAUCGAAGCUUAUCUAAAAAACCCUACGAAUCCGGAUUCGAAUGCCGACUCAUCUGCAUCUUCUUCGGUUGGAGUUCUCCAAACAUCUACGUCCACUCCUGGGGUAUCUGCCGCAGAUCCAAGCCUUGCCCCUGCCCCAUUACUCCCGCCAGCUACUCUGGGUGUGCAGCCUAACAACGGAGUCGGAGCUCUGCCCAGCGGAUUCAUGGAGCCCAACUACGAGGUCUUCGACCCAUUGAACUGGCUUCUGGAUGGCCUAGUAGACUUGCCUUACUCGUCGUACUCCACCAUAUCGGGGAUGGAAACUCAAGGGAUAGCCUAG